UGCCGUAUAAUCAUGGUAUGUUCUCGAAAGAAGAAUAAAAUGCACAAAAAUACCAAACAAAGUGAAAGUGAAAGGAAUAACGAUUGCGUUGUGUUCAGUUUUAAUAAGGUGCUAAACGUAUUUUGUUUGGAAUUAUUCGGCAACCAGCCACCAACCAUUGCAGGUACCAACAUGAAGGUUAUAUUCCUUACAGUAGGCCUACAGCUCACCCUGUGUUUCUUCUGCACGGCAGGAGCAAAUGAAUGGGAUUCUUGUGAAGGAAGAUGCGGUGCAUUGUUUGAUGGCGAUCGAACAAAUUGCCAGUGUAAUUCCGUUUGCGUGGGAUUUGGUGAUUGCUGCACCGACUUUCUUCAAAUUUGCACUAGCAUUCAUUUGGAUGGGAAUAAUCCUUUGGAAGGCUUGGUCAUCGUUAAAGAGAAAAAAAGGGACGUUGGUUAUAUAUGUCACAACGGUCUAUGGCUCUUGUGGGAGGCAUCGGCUGCUUGUGCAGACCUGGGCUACUAUGGGGGUGAAAGUACUUCUACUGAUACCUCUGUGGACGUCGGUUCGCUACCUAUAUUGCAUUCAUACGUGAAGUGUAAUCAGGAUGCAACGCGUCUCAAUCAAUGUGAAUUCAUUACUAAUGUAACUACACAGGAUUUAUGUGUAUCAGAUGCACAAGAUGACUGCUGUAUGGGGCUCUUGGGAGUCAGAUGCACUAAUCAAACCGAUGAUGAGCUGACAAGCCCAUCAACUACUGUGCAGAUGAAGACAGGUGAUAAUCAUGAACCAAGCACGAGAAAUCACACCGAUGAUGAGCUGACAACCGCUAUCACGAAACUACAUCUAUCAACCACAUCAACUUCUGUGCAAAAGAAGACAGAUGGAAGUGAUGAACCAAACGCGAAAAGUGUACGUGCAGUAUACAUAUACAUCAUCAUCGGUGUUGUGUGUGUCCUUCUAAUCACGGGUGUGGUUUUGGUUGUGGUCGUCAGAUCACGGAGAAAAGGCAGAAAGCAACUACGCAAUCCACCUGCUACCGAUCAUCCGACCGUCGCCAUGGGCAACGUAACUUCUGUCCAAUCAGCGGACAGCGCACCGACCCCGUUCCUCGCACACGAGACGCUGGGUGUGAAGGAAAACACGUACGCAUCGGACCCUACAUCGUCGCAUACAUAUACAGGAGUGAAUGCGGUGGGCGAUACGGGGACCAAUGAGGGGGGAGAGGAUGAAUAUACUUAUGUGGAUGUUCCUCCUGUACAUAGUCCAUCGGAAGAUCUUCAGCAUACAUACAUGGAUGCUGAAGUCCUGCUCGUGACGUCACGUAACAUAUCCAGCGAUGACAAUGAUUACGGGUUAAUUGAUAACGUCCUGUAUAAGCAAUUCUAAGAUAAUGCAUGGAGUGCAUUAAAUGGUUGUGCCGAAUGUUUGUACAAUUUGAAUAAACGUGUACCUAAUUAAUUAACGAGAUAAUUAACGGGAUGUUGAAAUACGACCUCCCCCC